CCUAACCAAGCAGGGCCGAAGGAAUUUUCUCUUUUCUCGUACUCCAACCCCCAUGUACUCUUCCUCCAACAAAACCACCUCCUGUAGUCGGCGCCGUCUCUUCCAAACACCUCUCCUUCUCUGCCACCGCUAUUCUCGUUAUUGAAGAACGACGACAGUCAGGAACACAUUAAGAGCUAAAGCGUUGCAUUAGAACAUUGAGUGUCAACACUAGAUUUUAGUGGAACAUGGCGUCAUUAAGAUUCUUUCAAGCAUUGUCAAAGGGUAAUAUUGGAGCAAGAGAUGCGGUUUUCAGGAAUAUGCCAUAUGAUUCAGCCAGUAUCCUUGCAGAAGCGUCAAAAGCAGUAAUUCAGUACAAAGAUUCUGAUGUUCAGCCCACGGAUGUCCGAGUAGCAAAUAUUGGGCGAAAUGCAUGUGGAGAAGCUGAUGUUGUGUUGCAAAUUGCCGGCUCGUGGCAAAAAAGAUCUUUGACAGGUGGGGCAGCCUGGAUUAUGAAGGAUGAAUGUUUGCAGAAAAUACAUGGUAGCUGCUUGCAGACUUUUGGAGUCUCUGCCUUAGAAAUGGAUGCUUUGGCUUGUUUACAUGGUGUUAAAUGGGCAGCAUCACAACGUUUACAUAACGUAAGCAUCUACACGUAAUCUGGUGCAGCUUUUGCAGGGAAGUACACCACCACUGGACAUUGUACUAUUAUCGACAAUCCAGGAAAUCAAAUGUCAAGCUUUGCAGUUGAAUUGGUGUUGUGUUCACAAGGUCGCAAGGUCUAAAAUUCAACAAGCUCAUAAUGCUGCUAUUGCUUGUAGGGCUGGGUUAGUUACUCCUGAAUCCUGAUAGUUUUUAACUACUCGUAUUGUUUUGGUUCCCUUUGAUGAUGUCAAUAAAAAUUCAAACUGUGAACAUUGCAGCUUAA